CGAAUAAAUGCUCUUUCCCCAACAAGCGAGACGGAACGAAAUCAGUUCCAACGCCUCAAACUUCCAAUCCCUCUUCGGAAAUGUCGAUGGCAAUGAUGACAAUGAAAGCCGCAACGAACCUACAGUAUCAUAACAGCCCGACAUUUCGGAGAAGAACCCGAAACGCUACCAUUUAUCCAACGGCAAAGAUGCCAACACGCAUCGAGCGGUUGAUACAGGAGCAGGGCGUGGUCCUGAUGCCCGGCUGCUACGAUGCGCUCUCAGCUGCCAUCGUCCAGAAGUCUGGUUUCAGCGCCGGUUUCAUCUCUGGUUACGCCCUUUCCGCCUCUCUGCUUGGCAAACCCGACUUCGGCUUGCUAACGCCUCCGGAGAUGGCGGAAACUGCUCGCCUUGUCUGUGCCGCAGCUCCUCUCAUCCCUAUCAUUGCCGAUGCCGAUACUGGCGGUGGCAACGCUCUCAAUGUUCAGAGGACUGUCCGAGAUUUGAUUGCAGCAGGUGCUGCUGGUUGCUUUCUCGAGGAUCAAGCAUGGCCAAAGAAGUGUGGCCAUAUGCAUGGCAAACAGGUGAUAGCUGCUGAGGAGCAUGCUGCCAAGAUAGCUUCUGCAAGAGAUGCCAUUGGGGAUUCUGACUUCUUCCUUGUAGCUCGGACUGAUGCUCGCGCAACAUCUGCUAAAACAGGGCUAUCAGAUGCCAUUUCACGGGCUAACCUCUACAUGGAGGCUGGGGCUGAUGCUUGCUUUGUGGAGGCACCGAGGGACGAUAAUGAGCUCCAGGAAAUCGCGCAUCAGACUCGUGGCUACCGGGUCUGUAACAUGCUUGAAGGUGGGGUUACACCAUUGCACACGCUGCAGGAGCUGAAAGAGAUUGGCUUCCAUCUCAUCGUUCACCCACUAACGACCCUCUAUGCAUCAGCCCGUGCGAUGAUCGACAUUCUGAAGACAUUGAAGGAGAAUGGAAGCACCAGAGAUCAGCUUCACAAGCUGGCCACGUUCGAGGAGUUCAAUAAGCUGGUUGGCUUGGAGUCGUGGUUUGAACUCGAAGAACGGUACGCCAAAGUGAAAUCCGUCAGUGUCAGGUCAUGAUUUUUAUUUAACCCAUUGCUUCUAGUGGUAGAGAAUGUCUGUUGCAAUUGAACCAUGUCAGUUAUUAAGGCUGUUAGUUACAACUCAUCUGUCGGCUUUAAGGUAGUUUUUGGUUGUUUCAAUA